AUGGACUAUCCGGCCAGCCCCCGGACCGUCACCGAGACCAAAUACCGCUCCGGCGCCGCAGACAACUUCUACAAAUCCGUCAAGACUGUCCCGAGCUCCCGCGGCGGCGCCGGCACUGUGCUUAUCCAGCACAACCCCCCCAGCACCCAGAAGUAG